AUGUCAGGACGUGGAAAGGGUGGAAAAGGUUUAGGAAAGGGUGGAGCUAAGCGCCAUCGUAAGGUAUUGCGUGACAACAUUCAAGGUGUUACUAAACCAGCCAUAAGGAGGUUGGCACGUAGGGGUGGUGUUAAGCGUAUAUCAGGUUUGAUAUAUGAGGAGGUUAGAGGUGUUUUGAAGGUUUUCCUUGAAAAUGUUGUUAAGGAUUCCGUUACUUACACUGAGCACGCCCGUAGGAAGACUGUCACUGCCAUGGACGUUGUCUAUUCACUUAAGAGACAAGGAAGAACCCUUUACGGUUUCGGUGGUUAA